AUGGCGAUAACUUAUUAUGCUACAGUUUCAUUCCUUCUAUUCCUGCUUCUUCUCCAUCUUCAUCGUCUUCAUCACGUGCGAGCUCUCUCCAUCAGCGCUCCGAGUCAUUACAUCAUUUACUCAGGGAAUCUAGUAGUUACGUACUCACUCGAUGGCUACGAUGACGUCAUCCUUAACAACAACAACAACAACAAUAAUAAUAAUACUAAUAAUGAUGAAGAUAAUAAUAAUAAUAAUAAUAACAAUAACAGCUACUCGGACAAUCGUAAAAAUAAGACAAUUUUUGACGUUAUUGAUGAGGUGAAUUCAGUUAAUGGCAGGAAUGCGAUUUUUUCAUCAUCAACAACAUCAUCACCAUUAUCAUCAUCAUCAACAACAGCAACAACAAAAUCAUCAUCGUCAACAAGAACAACAUCGUCAUCAUCAACAACAGCAUCGUCGUCAAAAUCCGUCAAAGAAAAUCAAAGCAACACGUACAGCUCUAAUGCUGAAACCAUGUUGAUUCUAAUGCGCCUGAAGUACAACAACAUCAACAACAACAAAAACAUCAACAACAAAAAAAUCAACAACAACAUCAUCAACAACAACAUCGACAACAACAAAAACAUCACGAACAAAAACAACAACAUCAACAACAACAACAAAAACAUCAACAACAAAAACAACAAUAACGAAAUAAUACUACAGACGCGCCUCCCGCGAAACAUAACAUCAAGCGAGUUGACAAUAUCUUGCGGCGUUGUAAACAAACCAGGUCUAUACCUACUAAAAAUCUACACCGGAAACGGAAAUGAACUUGCCGGAAGUGACGUAAUAGAGGUCACGUGGCCUGUUAUAGAUUUAACACUUCCGGUAAAAUCGCCUGCUCUCUCUGGGCCCGUGACCUUGAGAAAUGAUGGAGAGAUGAGAGGGAGAAGAAAGAAUGUCUGCAAUUGCGAUGUUAAGAAUGGCUGUUCCUUGCUGAAAAAUGCCCUGUUCAAUCAUCAGGGCUACCGUUUUAAUGGGAAUAAAAGAAAUAAUAAUUACAAUGAUAACAAAAUUAUGACGUCAUUGAUGGCGGCCAGUGACGUCAUGGCCGUCAACUUCCGGCAAGACGUGUACAGGGUCAGCCUGGACAGGAAUCACGUGUUUCCGUGUGAGAAGAGUAUCAGCGUGAGAUUUACGUCAUCAUCAUGCCGAAACUCUUCUGACGUCAUCAGGGCUUACAACGUCAAUGACACUGAAACUUUGACGUUCGUGGCCGAGCGGAAACCCGCAAAAACCACCGGAAGUAGCGUGACUUUUGAAUGUUUUAAAUUUUCAACUUCCGGUCACGUGGCCAGCUGUUUCCGGUACGUCAGCAUGACGACUUCCGGAUCCGUAGUAGAGCAUCCCAUAGUUUGUCUCGCUAUGACAAAGGAACAAAGUGGGUUGUUAUAA